CAUCUUCUGUUCUGUGCGAUAACCAAAUUUUCUACCGUUCUGUGUUUCUUCCAUCUGACAUUGAUUUAUUUGAUUUUCGAAGCAGCCUCUUGAUGGGUUCCCUUCGAUCUGAUUCGGAGGUAUUCCUCAUCAUAUUUAAACAGAGAGGCUUAGAUUAUGCUCAGGAAAGUUGAGUCACUUCGCCUUUUUAGUUCUCUUACCCUGGGCGCAGUGAAUAACAUCCUGCCAAAUCCAUUCCUUCAUCAGUUUUUCUCUUCUGGGUGUUUUCUGGAUUCUACUUUUUUAAAAAAAAAAAAGAAUUAUGGGGUUCCGAUGAUGGCAUGGAAUCUUUGAGACCUGAUCAUCUUAGUUUGAUGAAAGUUAUAAGCAUGAAAGCUGAGGAUCCCUUUUCUUUUAAAUUUCUGGAUUUUGUUUUGGAUUUAUUUGUGUUGUGUUGUGUUGUGUUGUGUUAUAGAUGAUGAGUAUGCACUGGGCUCUGAGCAGUUUAUUUAACUGCUGCUUUUGAUGGACAAUGCAGCCUAGAAAGCUAUGUCUGAUAUAUUCUAGCGUUUGUAUCUUCUUCUUUUUUAUAGUUUUUCCCCAGCCCAUGGAAAUAAUUGAAAAUGGAACUGAGAUUUUCUGAGAAUGAAGAGUUAUAUAUAGAUGAAAAUGUUAUAACCAGAAAUCACUCGGUUAUAUUUCAACUCUUUUUUUCAUUACAUAUCGUACACCAAAAUGAAAAUAAUAUAUGCAUCCUUUUGUA